ACUUUGGCCCAUUGAGUUUAUCGGAAACAAAACAACUUGAAAAACGAGGUCGUUUGUUACCCUACUUUCUGUUAAAGACACACUUCUCUACAUCGCCUUCGUCAUAGUGAAGCUUCCACUCCAUAGCCGCUACUGAAGAUAGAUAGUUAGCUGUCUUGGCUGAAUCUGUGCAGGAGGAAUAAGAUGCCUCCUUACGAUUGUAUGUUUCUGUUUAAGCCGCAUAUAAAGAAGGAAGCCAUAAUGGAUUUAGUUGUAAGGGUGGGAAAACAUGUGUACAGAAGAAAUGGGGUUGUCACUGGUAUUAAGAAUCUCGGAACUGUUCAGUUGGGCUAUGGUGUGAAAAAGCUAGAUGGCAGAUAUUAUGAGGGCGGGCUGAUGCAAAUGAGCAUGAUGGCUACUCCUGAAAUGAACAAAGAGUUACAUUACCUAAACAAGGAAGACCGGUUACUGCGUUGGCUUUUGGUUAAGCAACGCAACACAAAAUUUGGGUUCGACAUGCUCGGUGAUGAAGGUAGAUUUGAGCUGAGCAAAUUCUCCCAACUCAGUAGACGCGAUGAUGAAGACGAGGAUGAAGAUGAUGAGGAAUACGAAGUGAACCAAGAUGAAACAGUGAACUAAAAGAUAGCUGAGUAUUUUGUUAGUUUCCAUUAAGAGAUAAAAUCAUUUUGCAUUGUUCUCUUGGUGCCAAAUUUGUGCUUAUUUACAGAACUAGGUAACCAUCAAAUUAUGAUCAGUGGGCUUGAACAUGUUAUUUUGUAAACCCCAAGCUGUCUCUUGCUAUUCGACAAAAUACUAUCUUUGUAGCAUUGGUGAAAUAAUUGAUUUACAAAUGUGAUAAUCUUGCCCAGGAAUCUACGAGCAGUUGAGUUGAGCUCGUAGAAUAUAUUUCUUGCUCAAGUCAACAUCUUGAGGGAAGCAAUUGUUAAUGGAUCA